AUGAGACUAAACGUAUAUUUACCCUCGGCACAGUGUCGCGUGAGAAUGGGGGAACAUGAACAGACGGGAAAGAUCGCCGUGCAUUCAGCUGAUAUACGAGACCAGCUAGUGGAAGACGAAAGAAAUUUUUCAGCUAGUCAAUUUUUGGAGAGACACUGGAAAGCAAGGACUGAACCAAUGAAGAAAACAUCUGAAUCAGCAGCCACACAAGACAUCAUCAAUCAAGCUGUGCACGUGAAACAGUCAACUCUGACAGACUGGCUAAAGGCAACAUCAAUCAGAAAUACUCCUUGUGACAUUACACCUGUCCCUGGGCCUGUGUCCACUAUGUAUCAGGCAAUCUUUGAAGAUGAAGAAACUUUUAUUAAGGAAGUGGAUGAGUAUCUUCAAGAGAAGGAUCUGCUCAACAAACGCAGAAAAGAGAUGCUAUACAAGAAGUGGAGAGAACAAGUCUUUGAACCUAUUCAGGCUCAGGUCAUAGAAGAAGUUGCAGGUCCUGCAUACAAAUGGCUAGACAAUGAAAAGAGACAACUGUUUGAACGUUAUCUCAAUUACACAAAUAGAAAGGGGUUUGUUUACUUGGAUACAUUUUCAGCAGACGAGUACGACCCUUUGGUGCUAACAAGACCAAAUUCUCCCCUCAGAGCGACGACUGCCAGAUUGAACGACCCACUAAUAUCUCAACAGCACGAUCGCAGUCAGGAAGAACACAUUAUUGAUGCAUGUGAGUAUGGUUUACCAAGAACAACAAGCCAACUCAAAUCUCUCAAGCAUCCUCUAGUGCCUCUUGGUCGUCAUGGCACAGAAUGUUCAACAUGGUUGGCAAUGGAAUUAACACAUAUCGAUAGUCAAGUGAGAACUCGGAGCAGACAAAGAAUGAGGAAGAAAUCCAAUGAAACAAGUACAGAUUUUGAGCAAUGGAGCAAUACACCUAGAGAUCCUAAAUUAAUAGAUCAAGAAAUGCAACUGCAGCACAAGCGGUUUUACAAGGCACAAGUCAAGAGCCUAGACUUGUCCAUGGUUUCUUGAAUUUUUGCUGUCAUUGAUGCAGAUGAAUAAGCUGAGUCAUUGUAACUUGCUGUUGUAUACGUGGAUUCCUUCCUCUUCUAUUUUCGUAUGCAGUAGUUUCGUAUCAUGAAGUUAUCAAUUCUACUAUGCACCAAAAGUAUGUUGCCUCGCAUAAUACAUGCAGCGAUAUCACAAUUUGAGAUCUUCCAUUAAGUUCUCUAAAAAGUGAUCACAACUUGGUCAUGCUUGGUGUUGGAAGCCCAAGUAACAGACAGAUCAUGAGAUGCACUCAAACGUUAUACAUGCUAUUGUAGUAAAAGCACUUCUCAAGAGUUAAACUUCGGAACCUCUCUGUUAGCUGCUUGUAUAAAUUUUAAGAUCAAGUUGGUCUCUACAAGCUUUGUUCUUCAUUGUGAAAGACUUAAUAUUUUGUUUGCCAAAUUUGUUUUUAUGACAAAUCUACAAUUCGUUCCAGAAUUAAAGGCACCUGAGGUUCUCUUGGAUAGAUCAUGUUAGGAGGCACGUGCACUCAUGAAAUUGACACCAUUGGAAAGCCCAUCACGUGCCGGUUCCGCCUAGCUUACUUGCAAACCUAUUAAAGUCUACUCUACAUCUUGUUGUGAUGAACUACUAUGGGUGGUUCUAGGAGUGGUUAGUUAAAGAAACAAUAGCUGACACCUGACCAAAGCCUACACACGAAAUUAAUGUGGGAAAACAUGCACGUGUGCAAGCAAACAGCUCUGCAAAACUUAAAUUAAGCUUGUUAGCUAGCGGUCACUGUCACUGUCUGUAGUUAAUUCCUUGACUUUUUCACUUUCAAUGAAGUACGAGUGACCUCAAUGUACACAUAGGCACAAAAUGAGUCAUUGACCCUGGGUAGGUUUUGUAGCAAAUUGUCUAUGACUAUUUGGAAUAUACGAUGCUGAUGUCACUCCAAUAGGCAUCUGCAUCCGACUA